AAUACAUUAGGAGAGAGAAAAUGUUUUGAUUGAAUCUGUCUUUAAUGCCUUUGCUCUGUUUUUCUGUUUUUAGGCUUCUAGUGCAGUAGAGUAGCCUUGUAAGAAAGGGAAUAGGAUUAUCUUUUUUCUUCUUUUUUUGAAUUGUUUGGAAAGUGUGCUCUUAAGUUACUUGCCUUGGGAAAGCCACGUUAUUGUCUCUGGUAAUUUUACAUUAUUAAGUUGAGACUUGAGAGUAAGAAAUCUCCAUGCAAAUGUGUGAGUAAAGUCGUCUUCAUUUCUUCAGAGAAACAAAAAGAAAAUUCACAGAAAAAAAGAUGUUGAAGAAUCAACUUCAAGAAUUAGCACAAAGAAGCUGCUUCAAUCUGCCAUCCUAUGCUUGCAGAAGAGAAGGACCAGAUCAUGCUCCUAGAUUCAAAGCUAGUGUUACUUUUAAUGGUGAAACUUUUGAAAGUCCAGGCUACUCUCCUACUUUAAGACAAGCUGAACAUGCUGCUGCUGAAGUUGCUCUUAAUCUCCUCUCUUCUAGGGGCUCCAAGUCCCUCACUGCCAGAGUUCUUGAUGAGACAGGAGUGUACAAGAAUCUGUUGCAAGAAACAACACACAAAGCAGGGCUAAAUCUUCCAGUGUAUACAACUAUAAGAACAGGACCAGGCCAUGUCCCAGUCUUCACUUGUACUGUUGAUCUUGCUGGUAUGAGUUUUACUGGUGAACCUGCCAAAACUAAGAAGCAAGCUGAGAAAAAUGCUGCUAUCUCUGCUUGGUCUUCUUUAAAGAAGAUGCCAAGUUUAUUUCCCAAUAAGGAAAUAGCAGAAAAUCAGAGUCAUGAAGUAGGUGGAGAUCAGGAUCAAAUGAUUGUGGCUAGGGUUUUAUCAAGUUUCAGACCUCAUAAAACAGGAAAACAAAGGGAUCAAUAUCAUCAUAAUCAUAGAAGAUCAAGAAGUUCAAGAGCUUGGAGAUCAGAUGUUACACCCAAGUGUUUUACUACAACUUUACCCUUGAAUCAUCCUUCAGAGUUUUCUUCAAACUUUGCUGAUCAUCAGCAGCUACAGAAGGGCAGUUUUGUUGAUCUUUUACCACCACCACCACCAAGAACAACCUCAAAGAUCUUGCCUUUAACUUCAAGAAACAGUCCCACCACCUUCAAUAACUUCAAUCAAGGGUAUCAUGGUAAAUUUGAUGAGUACAUGAAAAAGACUGGUACUGCCCCUCAAGAACAAGGCCAAACCCAAUUUAAGAGCUUGUUUAUGGGAUCAGGAUCAGGAUCAGGAUCAGGAUCAGGAUCAUCAUUAAGCUGUGCUCAAAUGGGUAUUAUGGGAAAUUAUAGCAGUAAUCUUAAGGGGAUUGCUCCUGCUGUUCAAAUUAGAUCAGUAAUCCCAGUCUGUGCAGCUCCACCAUCAGUUAAACCAUUGCUCAUGAAGUUAAACCCUUCAAAAGAGGAAGAAUCUUCUUCUGAACAGCUUGCUACUAAACUUAACAGGUUGCAGCUGAAUGAGGAAUGAUUAAUUAGGUAGUUUAAUUGUAGUGGUAAUUAGUUAGAAGUUAUAAUUAUGUAGCCUUUCUCCUAGUACCCUAGUAGUAGUAGUAGUACCUUGCAAAUGGUAUUAAUACAAGCACAUGUCUAAGUGUCGCACUUUGUCAUUUUCGGAACAUGACAUGCUUUGUUGCAAAAUCAAGCAUUUGAGUGUCAAUAUCUAUGUCGGAGUGCUAUGUUAUUAAACAUUGAAGAUUAAAUAGUAGUACUCGACUACUCGUAGUACCAUUGAAGAGUCAAUGUAACAUAAGAGUAAUCUUUUCUAGUAAACUUUUGUGAAAUUGCACUUGUAGAGUUGUAGUAA